UGCCGCAAACCAGAAAUCUCGUCUGUCCCAAAGGCAGACGAUACUUUUCUCUCCGCCUUUAGUCUUGCUGUAUGGCGUUUGUUCGCACGGACUCGUACCGAGCUGCAGGGAUUGCGUGUCUCCGGCCCUCGAUUUACUUUGUCGACGAUGGCUAGCAACAACCAUUUCUUCGAGGGGGCGGAGAAGCUCCUUGAGGUGUGGUUCCUUCGGACAGAAGACGGGCAGGAUCUCCGAGAUAUCGCGAGAGAGGACUGGGAAGAGGUUCUGAAGACAGUCCGCUGCCAGAUCAUCAGCACCAUGAAGAAUGACAGCCAAGAUGCCUAUCUCCUCAGUGAGAGCAGCAUGUUUGUGUCUGAUCGCCGGUUCAUCCUGAAGACUUGUGGUACAACACUCCUCCACAACGCCCUUCCACUCAUGCUGGACCUGGCCAAGAAGAAAUGUGGCUUCCACGUAGUAGAGGACAUCUUCUAUUCUCGGAAGAACUUCAUGCGUCCUGAGCUCCAGCACAACAUGCACCGCAGCUUUGAGGAGGAAGUCAUCAUCUUGGAGAAACUGUUUGAAGAUGGAGCAGCGUACUGUCUAGGCAGAAUGAAUGGAGACUGCUGGUAUCUGUACACCACUAACAACCCAGACAGCAGCAAGCCAGGCCAGGCAGAGCCAGACCAAACACUGGAAAUCCUGAUGAUGGACCUUGAACCAGAUGCCAUGAAACUGUUUCACAAGAACAGCAUCGAUCCUGCAGAGAUAGCAAAGCUGAGUGGUAUUGCAGACCUGGAGCCGGGGACUAUCAUCGAUGACUUUCUGUUUGAGCCAUGUGGAUAUUCCAUGAAUGGGUUAUUGCCUGAUGGUGCAUACAUGAACAUCCAUGUGACUCCAGAGAAGGACUUUUCCUAUGCCAGCUUUGAGACCAAUGUCUCCAAGAAAAGCUAUGCCAACUUGGUCAAGCGAGUGCUGAAUGUUUUCAAGCCAGGUCGCUUUGUAAUGACGCUCUUUGCCAACAUGGAAUCAGAAUUAUUUGGUGUCCAGGAGAAAGGUGGUAGUGGGGACCAUGCUAAACUGACGUCUGAAGUGUACCCAGGAGACUCCACCUUCGAGGAUAAGAUCUUUGACUACCAGCGUCAGGACUGGCAGGCUAGUAAGUUCAGCAACUACUACCUGACCUUCUGCAACUAUGCCAAGGUCAAGACCAAGCCUAGCUGACAGGGCUAGUGCUAGGGCUAGAUGCAGUCCUGAAGCACGUCAGCAGAACGUACCGCACCUGCACAAAACACGUAAUACAGUGCUCUCCAACUAUUUGCAUCACUGACAUUGGCAUAAACCUAGGAUUUGCAUAAAAUUAUGAAAACCCAAACCAUUUGCCAUUCACUCCAUUAUAAAUUGCACUGUAAGUCAUCAUUUUUUUACGGUACCAUAUAAUUGUAUUCACAGUUUUCACAGUAACUUCAGAAUCUGUACUGUGAAUUUAUCAUUACCUACGAACAAAUAAUUCACAGACUUUCUUUCUUCUGCACCUGCCACUACUGCUAACAUAUAGUUCCUCAAACAUGUCCACUUUUCUCAGAUGGCGAAAUUUUCCUACAACUGCAAAUGCAAAGUGAUUUACAGUAUGUUGUGAUAUAUUGCGCAUAGCACAUCAGCAGAACAUCUUGUUUAAGGUUGUAUUGGCAUAUUUAAGGAUGACAUCCCGUCUGUAGUUUUCAAAUGUUGUGUUGGAACAGACAAAAUUCUGAUGCAAUGUUGACCAAACAUCCAGUGGAAACCCAGCUUUCACUCAGGUGCACUACGUUCUGCCAAAGUGCUCGGUUAAUCUGUGUUAUCAUGUUGGAACAUAAGACUGAAAAUUGUUAUGUUCAUAUCAAAGGUAGGCAGAUGGAUGAAAAUUUCACGUAGUAUGUUUGAUUUUGUAGUUAGUUUAAUCCUUACAUUACAUUUUAAUGCCAAAAUAUUUGGCAAAUUCGUAAUUAUGGAAUUACAUUGUACAAUGUACAAUGUCACCUUUACUGUUGUUGAAUCAAUAUCUACUUGUAUAGAGACCUGGGAUGGUCUGUUAGCAUUUUGCUUAAUAGUUCUCUUCCCAACAAUGUGUAUGCAUUUAUUAU